ACUUGGGCAAAGAAAUCUCAGAACAUUGUGGUCGUGAGCGGUGACAAUAAACCAAAAUAAAAAUAAAUCACAAACCCUACGAAUUAACACCACCACUCUGCCGUGUCCCUGCAUAUUCCCUCACCGUGCCAGUAUGCUACAAUUUCUUGAGUGAGAGUGUCCUAACCCUCCGGCGAAUUUGUAUGCUUCAAACGCCUCAGUCUUUCACUCAGUCAUAUAUAUAUACACACACAUAUACACGCACGCAUAUAUAAUUUAUAUAUUACUUGAAUCGACAAAUUUUCGAUCUCAAUUGUCUCUUAGAACUACUAUCUUCGAUCUCUCUCUUCCCCACUUUUGGAAAAAAUAUAUUGAUUUCCAAUGGUGGGAAGCAUGGAUGCGAUUUCCAGGGAAAGAGUUGCCAGUCUCAUCAACUCGGUCAAGUUUUCCAUGGACAUACCGUCGAAGCUUCAACCCUUGCGCCAAUUGAAGGACGAGUUGUUGGAAUCGGACUACGCCUUUCUCUCCGAGUUUCUCUCUCCCCUUCUUCAUCUUCACACCGAUCGCUUCAGUCCAGUUCGCAAGUUCGUCACAGAGAUAAUUGGCGAUAUUGGGUUGAAGCAUGUGGAAUUUUUACCUGAAAUUCUACCUGUUUUGGUAAUUGUUUUAAAAGAUGGUACUCCGGCUGUUGCUCGACAAGCCAUCACUUGCGGAAUUGAUAUAUUUCGUUGUACCCUUGUAAAAGUUGCAAUCCAGGGUUUGUACUCUAGUGACUUGGAUGAUUCACUUGAAUCAUCAUGGGAAUGGGUGCUAAAGUUUAGGGAUGAAAUAUACUCAAUAGCAUUUCAGCCAACAAGCGAUGGGAGAAGGUUGCUAGCGCUGAAGUUCAUUGAAGCAAUUAUUCUUCUUUAUACACCUGAUCCUUGUGGCUCUUCAGAGCCACCUUCUCACCAGGCUUCUGAAGGACUCUCUAUGGAAUUUAACAUCUCAUGGCUUCGUGGAGGUCAUCCUGUACUGAAUGUUGGAGAUUUGUCAAUUGAAGCGAGUCAGAAUUUGGGGCUAUUGCUAGAUCAGCUCAGGUUCCCAGUGGUGAAAUCUCUCAGUAGUUCCAUGAUCAUUGUACUUAUCAAUAGUCUUUCAGCAAUUGCAACGAAAAGACCUGCUUUUUAUGGGCGUAUAUUACCGGUUUUACUUGGUUUGGACUACUCAAGCUAUGUGAGCAAAGGGGUGCACGUUUCUGGGCCGUAUCAUGCUUUAAAGAAUGCAUUCCUCUCCUGCUUGAAAUGUACACACCUGGGUGCUGUGCCGUGGCGAGAUCGUUUAGUUGGUGCACUGAGAGAAAUGAAAGCCGAAGGGUUGGCAGAAGUGGCCCUUAGCCAAGUUUGCCAGAUCAAUGGAAGUGUAGAGGGGAAGGACAUUUCACUAAUUUCCGAGGAAGAGAAGUCUUCAUUUAAAGAAUGUGAUACUGUACAGAUUGGUAGUGUGAGGAAAAGAGCUGGAGGACAGGACAUUAGUGACUUGAUUGAAGAUAAGGAUGUGACUGGAAAACGUGUCAGAACAACACCUAUUGUCUCGGAGGGAUCAACUCAAGAGUUUAGUAGGGAUCAGGAUGGCAUUACUUCAAGUGGACCAACAACAUCAAGAGAAGUUGAAGAUAAUGGACCUGUACAGCAACUUGUUGCUAUGUUUGGUGCAUUGGUUGCUCAGGGUGAAAAAGCUAUUGGAUCGUUGGAGAUUCUUAUUUCUAGCAUCUCUUCUGACUUGUUAGCUGAAGUAGUGAUGGCUAAUAUGCGCCACUUCCCUCUUAAUCGCCCUAAAGCUGAAGGAGAUGAAGAACCACAGCUGAACCAGGGUUGUAGUCCAAACAUAGUUGGCAGUGAUUCCCAGUUCAAAUAUGUGUCAUCAUUUUUGACAGACAUGUUUGCACCAUCCAGAGGUUUCCCACCGAUGGAUUCUGUGUUAGAUGCUCAACAAUCUGCAUUCAGUGAUAUUGAAAAUCCUCAAGAGGAGGAGGAACAUCCUGUAGUGAGUCUGGCUGGCACUGAUGUGGUAUCUGCCGGCAUAAAUCAUGGAACUGAAAAGGCAACUACAGGUGUACCAGUUUCAUCUCAAGAUGUUCCCUCCGUAAUAGAGAACAGUUAUUCAGCUAUUCCAUCUGAAGUCCUUGACGAUGGCAAUCUAGCCAGUGAGAUACCUGGUUUGGAUUCAGCUACUCGCAGUGAUGGAUUGCCAGAAACAUUGGUUGCUUCAUCUUUUGCUUCCACUGAUGAAGAAGAUGCCAGUCAAGAGCAAGUUACUAAUAUAGGCAGGUCAUCACUAGAAUUACUUCCGUCAGUGUCAACUGAGUUACUUCCAUCUGUAUCAACUGACAGGUCAGAGGAGCUUAGCUCAAAAGCUGCUGUUACAGAUGCAAACAGCAUUAACUCCUCAACAGCAACUUCUGUUGGGUUGUCUACUCAAUUUGUCCUGCCCAAGAUGUCAGCACCUGUUAUCAACCUCGAUGAUGAACAGAAGGAUAAUCUUCAACUCUUCGCUUUCAACCGCAUCAUUGAGGCUUAUAAGCAAAUAGCAGUUUCUGGAGGUUCAAAUGUCCGCUCUUCUACACUUGCCUAUUUAGGAGUUGAGUUUCCCUUGGAGUUAGACCCAUGGAAAUUACUACAAAAGCAUAUAUUGUCGGAUUAUGUGAGUCACGAGGGCCACGAGUUGACAUUGCGUGUCCUCUACAGGUUAUUUGGCGAGGCAGAAGAACGUGAUUUCUUUUCUUCAAGGACUGCUACAUCUGUAUAUGAAAUGUUUCUUCUAACCGUGGCAGAAACACUUCGAGAUUCUUUUCCAGCUUCUGACAAAUCUUUAAGUAGAUUGCUCUCUGAAGUUCCAUAUCUGCCAAAGUCAAUUUUAAAAUUGUUAGAGUGCCUAUGUUGUCCUGGAAACAGUGAUAAAGAUGAGAAGGAAUUACACAGUGGAGAUCGAGUUACUCAAGGUCUCAGCAUGGUGUGGAGCCUGAUACUGUUGAGGCCUUCCAUUCGAAAUGUCUGCUUAAAAAUUGCUUUGCAGAGUGCAGUUCAUCACUUGGAGGAAGUGCGUAUGAAGGCAAUACGUCUGGUGGCAAACAAGCUUUAUCCUUUAUCUUCGAUUACUGAACAAAUAGAAGAUUUUGCAAAGGAAAUGCUGCACUCUGUAAUAAACAGUGAUCAUUCUCUUAACAGAACUGAUACUGAUGGAUCUAGUACUGAAUUGCAAAAGGAUCCAGAUUUGGAAAAACCUUCAAAUGAAAAUCCAUCAGUGAGUGCCAUCGCCAAAGAUAUUUCAGCUGAUACUCAUCCACCAAGCACAUCUGAAAGCAUAUCAUCCUCAUUGUCUGAGGCACAGCGGUGCAUGUCACUAUAUUUUGCCCUAUGUACAAAGAAGCACACCCUUUUCCGCCAAAUAUUUCUUAUAUAUAAAAGCACAUCAAAUUCAGUAAAGCAGGCAGUUCAUGGUCAGAUCCCAAUACUAGUUCGUACCAUUGGUACAUCGUCCGAACUUCUUGGAAUUAUUUCAGACCCACCAACUGGAAGUGAGAACCUUCUGAUGCAGGUUUUGCAGACACUGACAGAUGGGACUAUUCCUUCUGCUGAACUAAUAUUUACUAUUAGAAAGUUAUAUGAUACAAAACUAAAGGACGUAGAAAUUCUAAUUCCAAUAUUGUCAUUCCUCCCAAAAGACGAGAUUUUACUGAUCUUUCCACAUCUUGUAAACCUUCCAUCAGACAAGUUCCAAGCUGCACUUACUCGUGCUUUACAGGGAUCAACUCAUUCUGGUCCAGUGCUCACUCCCACUGAAGUACUAAUUGCCAUCCAUGGGAUUGACCCUGACAGAGAUGGAAUCCCCCUAAAGAAGGUUACGGAUGCAUGUAAUGCUUGUUUUGAACAACGGCAAAUAUUCACCCAACAAGUUCUAGCGAAGGUCUUGAAUCAACUGGUUGAGCAGAUUCCUCUUCCUUUACUGUUCAUGCGUACAGUAUUACAGGCUAUAGGAGCUUUUCCAGCCCUGGUGGACUUCAUAAUGGAGAUUCUCUCUCGGCUUGUUAGCAAGCAGAUAUGGAAAUACCCAAAGUUGUGGGUAGGAUUCUUGAAGUGUGUUCUCUUAACGAAGCCUCAGUCUUUCAGUGUGUUGCUUCAGUUGCCUCCAGCACAGCUUGAAAAUGCAUUGAACAGAACAGCAGCACUGAAGGCUCCUUUAAUUGCUCAUGCUAACCAGCCAAACAUACGAUCUUCUCUUCCAAGGUCUGUGUUGGUGGUUCUUGGAAUUGUGUUGGAUUCUCAGAGUUCAAGUCAGGCACAAGCAACUCAGACUCAGACGCAAACAUCUCAGACACAGACGCAAACAACUCAGACACACACACAAACUCAAACAGGAGACACGGGCAAUUCAGAUAAGGAGGCGGCAACCAAAGAAUCAUCUACUGCCAGCUAAGUUGAGGAGUUGAGAUGCAUCUGCUUGCUUGAUGAAUACACACUUCCAAAUUGAAAUUGCUGAGCCAGCUGAAGGGCUUUGUUGCUGAGCAUUUGGCUCAGCUACGCUCCAAACAGAGAGUUUCCCCCACAAUGCAUCACUUAGAUGACGGGGUGUAAGAAAAGAAGCCACCUGUUGUACAACUGGCAUGAGGGAAUAAUCCUGCCCUUAUUAAAAGUUGCUGCUCAUUCUGGGAAUACACCAACUGGAGUAGUUCAGCAGGAGUCUCACAGUUACUAGAAUUUUGUAACAUGAUGGUUGGAGUUUUUGCUACUAGUACAUGUGCUGUGUAACUUAUAAUAUAUAGGAUCGGUUCUGUUGUAUUGUACAGUUUAAUGAGAAAAGCAAUAAUAACGGCGACAGCCUAGCUAGAAUUUGCUGAUCCUUUAUGCAUAA